ACCUGCUCAGGGAGGGCAGUGAGCUCUCAACUGACACAGAGACAGCUCAUAACCUGACAUGCCAGCUUAAGCCUUACAUGCCCAUCUGUCUCUCUCUAAUAUGGAGCUACCUGUUUUAAUAGAUAACACACAACGAAGCAGGAUUUAAAUACGACCACCUUCAAUUGUGCCUCUGUGACAUGUGCUACCAAUAGCUCUCAUCUGCCUACAACCGAACACCUUGCCAUGAAGGACGGGGCUGAAUCUAAGGACCAGCAGCUCACGGUCGCCCUCCGGAUCCGGCCCAUAAAUGAGAAUGAGUUGGUGGAAGGAGCCACACUCAUCGCUCACAAGGUGGAUGAGCAGAUGGUGGUGCUAAUGGACCCUAUGGAAGAUCCUGAUGAUAUCUUGAGAGCCAACCGUUCGCGUGAGAAGUCCUAUAUGUUCGAUGUUGCUUUUGAUUACUCUGCAACUCAGGAUAUUGUAUAUCGCCUAACCACCAAAGGCCUGAUUGAAGGAGUAAUCUCUGGAUACAAUGCCACAGUAUUUGCUUAUGGCCCAACAGGAUGUGGAAAGACCUAUACCAUGUUGGGUACUGACCGGGAGCCUGGGAUAUACAUACGCACUCUCAAUGAUCUUUUUAAAGCUAUUGAAGAGACCAGUGAUGACAUGGAGUACGAAGUGUUAAUGUCUUAUCUAGAGAUCUACAAUGAAAUGAUUAGGGAUUUGCUGAACCCUUCUUUGGGAUACCUGGACCUGCGGGAGGACUCAAAAGGAGUUAUACAAGUAGCCGGGAUCACAGAGGUGUCUACUAUCAAUGCCAAAGAGAUAAUGCAGCUGCUGAUGAGAGGGAAUAAACAAAGGACCCAGGAACCCACUGCAGCUAAUAAGACCUCUUCUAGGUCACAUGCCAUCCUGCAGGUAACUGUUAGGCAGAAGAGUCGCGUGAAGAACAUCACCCAGGAGAUCCGAGUGGGCCGGCUCUUCAUGAUAGAUCUGGCUGGGUCUGAAAGGGCAUCUCAGACUCAGAACCGAGGUCAGCGCAUGAAGGAGGGAGCUCACAUCAACAGGUCACUGCUAGCACUUGGCAACUGUAUCAACGCCCUGAGCGAGCGAGUGGGUAACAAAUAUGUCAACUACCGAGACAGUAAACUGACCCGACUGCUAAAGGACUCUUUGGGUGGGAACAGCCGCACUGUGAUGAUCGCUCACAUCAGUCCCGCUAGCAGCGCCUUUGAAGAGUCCCGGAAUACACUGGCUUAUGCUGAUCGUGCCAAAAACAUCAAGACCAGGGUCAAGAGGAAUCUUCUCAAUGUCUCAUACCAUAUUGCGCAGUACACCAGCAUUAUUUCGGAUUUGCGUAAUGAGAUACACAGGCUCAAGCAGAAGAUUGAUGAGCAAGAGGUGAAACAGAUGAAAAAUGAGAAGAGUGACAUCCGCAACAUACAAGCUGAGGUGCAACUCCAUUCUUCUCCUUAUGACCGGAAAGAAAUGGACCAGCUGAGGGAGAAACUCAUUAAGGCCUUUCGGGAGCAAAUGGACAUUCGAAGGCAACUAAUGGAGCUUGAUAAUAAUAACAUGGAGAUACAGAUGGAAACGUCACGACACUUCCUUGUUAUUGCAGAUUGGGAGCAAGAGAAGAUGCGUCGUGUCAGAAAAUGGCGAGAGGAGCUCAGGAAAGAAACCUACGGUAAAGAUGACAGUGAGAAGGACUCAGACACAGGAGAUGACCAGUCUGAUAUAAUGGAACCUGUGGAGGUUACUACAGCUAGAGAGAAUAUUCACGCAUUGGUUGGAGACCAGAGCAAGCUGCGCAGGCAGAAGAUGGAGCUGGAAAAGAGAUUCAAAGACAUCCGUCAACGGGCUCGCAGGUUAGAGGAGGUUCUCCCUAAGCGCAUCAGCUCUGAUGAACAGCGAGAGGUGCUGAGCCUCCUGUGCAAAGUGCAUGAGCUAGAGAUUGAGAAUACUGAGAUGCAGUCCCAUGCCCUACUGAAGGACAACAUGAUCCGUCAGAAGAAUUAUGUGGUGCAGAGAUUUGAGCAGCACCGCAGCCUGUGUGACGAGAUCAUUCAACAGCAGAGACGGCUAAUUAAUGAUCACAACAUUGUUGUUCCUCAUCGGCUCGAUGACCUGUAUGAUCAGUAUCUCCGGGAGCUGGAAGAGGGCAGCCUUGACCGUUUCAGUAUUAUAGAUAAAGUGGCAGUCAAGGCCCUGAAGGACAGUCAUAGCUCCCUGCCGAAACUUCCCCAGAUCACAGCCGGAGAGAACUCCCAGGACCCAGACUCAGACCAGGAAAGUGUAAGAACAUUCGGGUCAGAUAACCGUCUGAUCCACAGGGAUUCCUACAGGAACAUUCUCCCACGCCUUAUGUCAGACACAGACAGUGAUACAAACAAAGUGUUUAAAACCAGCCCCCGCGCUCGCAAAUUUAAGAACUCUGUGGUUGUGACCCCGCCUCCAAUUCAUGUGAAUGGGAUGGUAAGCAAGGAGUACCCACAUCGUGACAGCAUGGCCAGCAUCAGUGGUCAACUAAACUCUUCACCUGACAGUACGGACCACCAGGUUCAUCUGACCCGCAGAGAGAAGAAGGAGAUAAUGACCAGUAUCAAGAGCAUUGCGGUAAAGGCUGCACGUCGCCGUUCCCGGGUACAUGACGGUGACCGCCCAAAGAUGCUGCAACCCAUGAAAGAGAGGAGCAACUUAUCUGUACAAUCUCUCAGUGAGAGUGAAGAUACUCCAUUCAGAGACCAUCAGCUGCCUGACUCUCCCCUCCAUCAUGCAGCCAGUGAGGACAACCUAUCUAGCAGUACAGGCGAGAUGGUCAUAGCCCCCGGCCAACGCAGGGAUUCACCCAGCCAUUGGCUACAUGCUCAGAAGAAGGGGACACAGAAGCUGGAAAAGAGAGAGGAAUCUCUAGAAAUGAAACGAAGAAAGAAACGGUCAAGGUCAUUUGAAGUCACUGGUCAAGGGCUUGUUCGACCUAAAAAUCACCUGUAUCGGAACCGAGCACUAGAGAGCAACUCUGACCACAAGAUUCAGGCUAAUGCUUAUCAAAUCCUUAACAGUCGUUUGCCUGGGAAAAUAGCACUCCAGAUAGCUCAGGUCAAACUCCCACAAAACCAAACAGGAAACACUAACAAAAUGGUGGAUGCGCAAAUUUCAGGACUCCAAGUUAACCAAGCUGCUGGUUCCAGAAAACCCAUACCUAACAAUUCUCGUCCACGGUUUAAUUAUGUCAAUGCAAAUACUACUGGGAAAGAGAGCAAAACCAGGAAAUACUGAAGGAAAUUGGAACUACGUGAAGGUAUUGGAUUGGAGCAGGGAAUAUUAUAAUGAAUGAGGCUGGAGCUGGUUACUGAAUCCAUAACAAACUGACUAUUUCUCCACAUGAAUGAUGACAAAGGCUACAGUUAACUUCGGAGAAAUCCUAAGACAACCAUUCAAUUUGUCAAUCAGUAUAAAUACUUUGUAAAUACAUUUUGUACUUCAACAA